AAACUACCAAAGAUAGCACGUGGAAAUGAACCUCUCAACAGGUCAAAGCCUCUGAGAGAAAUCCAAGGUGAAUAGACUUUUCUGGAUUCUCUUUCUGUUUUGUCCUAUAGAGAGGAUGUAAUUAUCAUUUAUGACAUAUCUUAGCAUCUUGCCAUAAUUCACAUUGCAAGAAUGAUUUACACCAUCUGGGGCCUGAAGUGCAUUAAAAGUGAUCUAAGGACUCCCCUUAAUUGCAGUGAGCUAUGAGUCAAGCCCUUGAACUCUGUUAGGGCAAGCUUCACUAAAUGCAGUCUUGUAAGCAAUUUUUAUUGAAAUGUAAGCAGUUUUUGACUGCAGAAGGCAAGCUGUGUUGAUGUUUAAUAGUUGAUUUACUCAGUGGCAUGUGUAGAAAAAGCUUAGGGAAAGAAGGCCAAGAUGUGCAAGCUGCUGGAGAAUUUUCCAUCUUGAACAGUGCUUAAAGUCAAGUAAGGAGUAAAUUUUUGUUCCUUACUUAAGUGUGGACAUAUUCCAACUCCCCUGCAGGAUGAGUUGUAAUAGCUUACUCUGCUGAAUUCCUGUGAAGGUCCUUCUUUGUUAUUACAGUGCCUAGAAGUGUGUAUUUAUAAAUGACCUGGCCCAACAGAAUUGGCCACUUGGCAGCGUUGUACUUCAGCUCACUUUUGAAGUGAAACUAGUAAAUGGAAGGGUGAAGGGGACAGGAAUUUCACUUGUGUGCCUGUGUAUUAAACAGCACUGUACAAUCCAGAGAGGGAUUUAAUGGUUUACCUUAAAGCUCAGGCCUUCCUUCAGUUGUCUGGGCAUUGCGAGGAAAUACUAGAGGUAUGUAAUGGUUUGGGAGGUUGGGGGUCUUUUGGUGUUAUACAUGAGUCCCCCAGCUGAUGUUCCGAGACAGUCACAGAGUAGAGAAAGUCUUGAGCAGCUUACGCUAUCAGUAGACAGGAGAGAUGGGCACAGCUUGAUAGGACGCUAUUCUAAAGAAAGAGGACUUUUACAGGACCACACAGCAACCCAGUAAUAGUAUUUUCUGAGCCUCAGUGUAGUAUUCAGCUGCUGGAUCAACUGCUUCCAAAUAUUGUCCUUUUGCUGGGUGUAGUCUCCUCCUCUCUUUCCCAAAACCCAAGGUGCCCCUAGAGUCUGCAGUACGAGCUGGCAUGUCCUGCAGAAGCCCCUUAGCCUGGCUCCUCCCUCUCUUUUAACUGUAUAAUAGUGUUGAAUGCCUGUGAGCAUUCAGUGUUCCAGCAGUUUCAUUGUGCCUGUUCAUCGCGUUGCUUCUGCUAGUACCCAGUCAGACAAACGGAACUAGGAGAGGCUAAAGGAAUCGCUCAGGAAGUUUCCUUUAGACAGUAGAUAUUUCUGCUCCAAUGGAUAAAGGUCUUCACUUCAUGUUCUGCGUGAUUGCAACCAUGCUGCUCCUGAGAGAAUCAAGUCAGACAGGAGCUACGAGGAAUGAUGAUGCUGUGAGUAAGGGCACUGGCUCAAGGGGACCAGAAGAGGGUCUUCCAACUUUGACUGUCACAACAAUCCUGGAAGAUCCUUAUGUCAUGGUGAGAAGUGCAGAACUGGAGGGAUACUGCAUUGAUUUGCUGAAAGCACUUGCUGCAAUGCUUCACUUCAGCUACAAGGUGAAGGUGGUGAGCGAUGGGCAGUAUGGUGCCGUCUCUUCCAAUGGGAACUGGACAGGGAUGGUUGGUGAAAUUUUGAGACAGGAAGCAGACAUUGCAGUGGCUCCGUUGACAGUCACGUCAGCAAGGGAAGAGGUGGUCUCCUUCACCACGCCAUUCCUGCAGACUGGGAUUGGAAUCUUGCUUCGAAAAGACACCGCCUCUCAGGAGAUGUCUUUCUUCCACUUCCUGGCUCCUUUCAGUAAGGAGACCUGGACUGGCCUUUUAUUUGCUUAUGUGCUGACGUGCUUCUGCCUCUUUCUUGUUGCCAGACUGAGCCCCUGUGAAUGGAAUGAGCCAAAGAAUGAAGAGAACCACUUUACCUUCUUGAACAGCCUCUGGUUUGGAGCAGGAGCACUUGCCCUGCAAGGUGUCACCCCUCGGCCCAAAGCGCUCUCUGUGCGGGUCAUCGCUGCUGUCUGGUGGCUGUUCACCAUCGCCUUGCUGGCUGCCUACAUCGCCAACUUCACCGCUCUGCUGAGCUCUGGCAGUGAGCAGCUCCCAAUCCAGACUUUUGAAGAUCUUGUGAAGCAAAGAAAGCUUGAGUUUGGGACUCUGGACGGCUCCUCUACUUUCUACUUCUUCAAGAACUCCAAGAAUCCUAUCCAUCAGAUGAUCUAUGAAUAUAUGGACAAGAGACGAGACCGCGUUUUAGUCAAAACCUACCAGGAAGCAGUUCAACGUGUGAUGGAAUCAAACUAUGCCUUCAUUGGUGAAUCAAUCUCUCAAGACCUUGCAGCUGCCAGGCACUGCAAUUUGAUCAGGGCCCCUGAAGUUAUCGGAGCCAGAGGAUUUGGCAUUGCCACUACCCAGGCAUCCCUGUGGACUAAGAAGCUCUCCAUUGCUGUCCUCAAACUGCGCGAAUCGGGCGAUCUCGACUACUUGCGCAACAAGUGGUGGGAGACCAGCUGCCUUCACAAAAGUAGGGACAGAUGGAGUCCGCUGCAGCCCCAGGCUCUGGGUGGGCUCUUUCUUACUCUUGCAAUUGGCCUGGCACUGGGAGUGAUUGCAGCUGUGGUGGAGCUCUCGAAUAAGAGCAGACACGCCGCUGGACACGUAAAGAAAUCUUGUUGCUCUGUUUUUACAGAAGAAAUGUGCACUCGUCUACGUAUAAAAGAAAAUACAAGACAAAGCCAGGAGACUUCAGGGAGGGCUAAUGCUUAAGAAUUUUUUGCUUAAGGAAUGGGCCUGUAUUAGGUUUAUACCAUAUGUAUUUCAUAGGAACUACAUCAAUGUAGAAAGAUGUUUUUCUGCAAGGCUAGAGUGUUAGUUUUCUAAUUACAAACACACACAGAGAACACCUCUGGAUUGGUGGUGGAGCUGGAUACAGAAGAAAAUUAAGUGGCUUGGAAGAAUUUAAAUUGACAAGGGAUAGAGUGUAAUUGUUAAAAAUAAGGGAGGUUAACAACUUGGGAAAACAAAUUUGAGAUGGCUAAGAUGGUGGAUCCGUAUUUAGUUUAGAAGUUUACUAUGUAAGUACACGAACGCCUGUAGGAGUAAGUGACUUGGGGUAGGUUAAUAUGAAGCCUCUGAUUACUAAUUACAGUAUGAGGUACAAUCUUGAAAAAUUAAAGCUCUCAUCUGACUGUUCUAA